AUGCAACAAGGUAACGCCGCGAGCGCGAACCUGAUUAAUUUGAUGAAGACGACAAGAACACUCACCAAGCACGAGAAGUCCGUGAGUGAGCAGUACGAACUACACGAUGGUGUCCUGUACCGAAGACAUGCCGGAAGAUCGUUGUUAGUCGUGCCUCGGUCGAUGAGGAAAGGGAUCGUCGUUGGUGCACACGAUUAUGGAGGUCAUUUUUCGUUAGAUCGAACUAUCGCAAAGAUCACCGAAGUUGGUUUACCGGAUUACGCCGAUAUGUCAAACAGCACAUCAAAAUGUGCCUGGAUUGUCUAA